CUUCAUAAAUCAACACAAACCCAAACAGAAACGCCAUUAAAUGCCGGCUCUCAUCCCGCCCAGGAUCGACUCCCACGCCCACCGCCACCGCAUACAAAAAGCCUCUUUUUCUUUUUCUCCUUUCUUUAUUUCCCCUUUUAAGCAAGAGCUCAGCAAUAGCCCGUGCACUUCUUCUGCACAGUCCGUGCCAGUUUUUUCUGUUUCCCCUGUUCGCCAAACUCGUGCUUUUCUUUAUUCACCGGCAAUAGCCUUCGUUUUUCUGAGCUGGGUGCCCAUUUUUUCCUGGUUCUUCUGUGCAAAAGUGUAAAAAAGUGACCGACAUCUAACAAAGCGAAGCUUCUCCGAGGUGGGCGCAUCUUUCUUUCGGCAGAACCUGCUAAAGGUGACAUUUUGAAUCGAAUUGAAGCGGCUUUAAGCAGUCCCAGAAGCUUUCUCUUUAUACUCUGUUUUCCAAGCUGCUGUUUUUCUCUUUGUGGGACGUUUUAUUGAAGCUCUGAGAAGCGUUUUGAGCGUCUCUGAAAAUGGCUCCUAAUUCUUCUAGUACCACUGAACAACAACCCAUUGUCUGCAAGACCGCCGGGCAAAAGAGAGCUCGGAAUGAGGUUGUUUUCAGCCUGCCUGCUGUAAGGCCCAUAGUAACAGUUCGGUUGUCUGAGGUCGAGAGUUCGAAUCCCGGGGGUGACAGCGACGAACAGAGCGGCAACAAUGGCGUUGAAGAGGAGUGUACUACUCCUAAGGCGAAGGAAAACAGAAUAGCAGAGCUCUUGACUUGCCCUCCUGCGCCCAGAAAACGCAGGAUCACUUGUCGCCAUCGAGUAGUUCUGCCUUUUUUUACUUCCCCUGAUUUGGAUUCGUUCUUCUUGCCCCUUUACAAAAUGUGUAAACAGUGAAGCAGAGAUUGGUCUGUUAUUGUGAUCUUGAUCAUGUUCGCUGAAAGUUAAUGAAAAGGUUCGAUGGUUUUUUCAA